AGUAUAAAAGUGGGUCUGGGGAGAGCCCCUCACCGGCGUGCGAUCCCCUCGGGAGCCAGAGCGGAGACUCCGGACCAGCCACACGCUACCCUCCAGCCGACACCAUGGUGCACUGGACAGGCGAAGAGAAGCAGCUCAUCACCAGCACCUGGGGCAAGGUCAAUGUGGCCGACUGUGGUGCUGAGGCCCUGGGCAGGCUGCUGAUCGUCUACCCCUGGACACAGAGGUUCUUCUCUUCCUUCGGGAACCUCUCCAGCCCCACUGCCAUCCUUGGCAACCCCAGGGUCCGUGCCCAUGGCAAGAAAGUGCUCACCUCCUUCGGGGAAGCCAUCAAGAACCUGGACAACAUCAAGGCGACCUACGCCAAGCUGUCGGAGCUGCACUGCGAGAAGCUGCACGUGGACCCCGAGAACUUCAGGCUCCUGGGAGACAUCCUCAUCAUCGUCCUGGCCGCCCACUUCGCCAGGGAUUUCACCCCUGCUUGCCAGUUCGCCUGGCAAAAGCUGGUGAGUGUGGUGGCCAAUGCCCUGGCCCGCAAGUACCACUGAGCACCGCAGGGCUGGCUGCGUGAGGAACAGCCCCUGCGCCUCCACGAGCACCUCUGGGCACCAGGAGAUGCCCUUUGGGCGUCAACAGGCUGUAACCACCAAAUAAAUGCUUCCUAGCA